AAGUCACAUAUUAACCGAUGGAUACACUAAACUGGUUUGGUGCAACCUGAGGGUGGCUCCUGAUAGGUACCAAUUUGGACCAUGGAACAGAGUCCAGGAAUGUUUCCGACCCUGCCCUAAAGAAGGCAGACACUUCUUUAGCAGCCGUUGUCCAGACCCCCUCGUAGGACAGACUGUUAGAACAGGCUGUGCUUCAUCUCUGUUUAGAGAACUCAAGCAAUUGCUGCCAUGCCGGGGAAGCCAGUCCUUCACUACUUCGAUGGCAGGGGGAGAAUGGAGCCCAUCCGGUGGCUCCUGGCUGCAGCUGGAGUAGAGUUUGAAGAAAAUUUUCUGAAAACUCGGGAUGACCUGGCCAGGUUAAGAAGUGAUGGGAGUUUGAUGUUUGAACAAGUGCCCAUGGUGGAGAUUGACGGGAUGAAGCUGGUGCAGACCAAAGCCAUUCUCAACUACAUUGCCACCAAAUACAACCUCUAUGGGAAGGACAUGAAGGAGAGAGCCCUCAUCGACAUGUAUGCAGAAGGUGUGGCCGAUCUGGAGUUGAUGGUUCUCUAUUACCCCUACAUGCCCCCUGGGGAGAAAGAGGCGAGUCUUGCCAAGAUCAAGGACAAAGCAAGGAACCGUUACUUCCCUGCCUAUGAGAAGGUGUUGAAGAGCCACGGACAAGAUUAUCUCGUUGGCAACAAGCUGAGCAGGGCUGAUGUUUCCCUGGUUGAACUUCUCUACCAUGUGGAAGAGAUGGACCCAGGCAUUGUGGACAACUUCCCUCUGCUAAAGGCCCUGAGAACCAGAGUCAGCAACCUCCCCACAGUGAAGAAAUUUCUUCAGCCUGGCAGCCAGAGGAAGCCUUUUGAUGAUGAGAAAUGUGUAGAAUCAGCGAAGAAGAUCUUCAGUUAAUUCAGUCAGCUAUGGAUACACUGUACCCACAAAGCCAGCCUCAGAAAGCUCUGCAACAAUGAAGUAUUUUGACUAAAUGUUGACCGUACUUAUUGGGAGGGUAACAUGUUUUCUAAGGCUUCUGUGUUAAUUCAUAUAGACAUGACUCAUGAGGAAUUGCUGGGAUGCCAUCUAGUUGAGUUAAAACCUCAAUCUCGAUCACUUCCUCGGAUAUUUUCUUAAUGUUCAAUAAAACAAAACAAGCUUCUUAGACGCUGGAGUAUCCAAACAUUGUCAUGAAAUAGCUGUCAUAUCCUUGUCAAACAGCGUCACGUAGAAACCCUCGUGUCAAACUCUCUUACGCAAAAGUAAUCUUUCCUUAUGGAGAGUGUCCUUUCUAGUGAAAUACACGCAGACGUGUGUGCACUCAAACUGUGAAGAACUGUUUUCCUUCAACUUCUGAAUGGUUUUCUUAUUCAAUUACUCCGUCAGUACAUUUAUGUCCAAUAUAGAGCAGUCAUUCUUCCUGGGAGCUGCAUGAAUGAUGAAUGUGGCAGGGAUAAUCAUUUACCCAGCCCCAGAGUCUGUGGAUUUCUGUAAUAAAUGUAAUAAUAAAAGCUUAGGUAUUCCUAAUA